AGUUUACUCUCACUUCUCACUUCGUACGUAUCUGUUGUGCGACGGAUAUACGCGUUUCUGAACCGUAAAAAACCUGAAUUUUAGAGUUGUGUGAAAAAGAAAAAAAAAAUACAACAAUCAAAAUUAUACACAUACAUACAUUGUGAAGUACAUUUCAAAUGUUGCAGACAACUCAGUGUGCUGCUGCCUUGUUGUUGUUAGAGAGAAUCCAGCAUUCGAUUUGGUGUGAAUAAACGUGAAUUUCUUCUUACCUGGUCCUCCAAUUGCCACACUUUGCAUAAGGCUCGAACAAGGCAAAGUUCAAAGUGAUUUUUUGUUUUUUUAGUUUUUAGCCAUUCGGAAAACGUCUGGUUGGUCAGAUCAGUUGCGAAAUUCUGCAACAAAAUUGUCCAAUAUAGCUAAAACCGAAUCGGUCAAAUUGCUCGAAUACAUAUUUAGGGCUCUGCAAGUUUGUGAGAAUGUGUAUAAUACUAAGCUGUAAGGAAGGCAAGUGAAGAAGAAAAGCCCAACUAAAAUAGCAAGAAAGAAAAUUGAAAAUCAAAAACGCUAAAUGCAACAAAACGACACGAAGUAUUCAAAAGUGAAGUGGUAGUGCCGAAGUGAAUGCGAAAUAAUAAAAAAUAAGGAAUUGAUGUGUGAGAUAGAUCCGCGAUGUAAACGGAUUUCUGAUAAUUCCAUUCAUAGCCAUUUGCAAAAAACGACCAAACACACCCAUCGGCUGACGACUCUUGGCCAUUUUCCUCAAUCACUGAUUCGGGCAGAGGCUGAAAGGCCAAAAAGUGGGAAUUACUUCGUCGAAACAGUUUUCAACUGUCCAUUAUUGUCGUCAUCGGCAGAAUCAUCAUUGGAUACAAAACUUAAUACAACAGCAACAACAACAGAAUUGCCGAUUGUCGGACUGAAGAUUACAUGCAUACGUAAAUGUUUGUACACCAGCAUAGUUGCGCUGAUGAGAAAAUACAUGUUCAGUGCCGUCUACUUAAGGGCAAGCAAAUGAUCAGAUGUACCGGAUAACAUUCGUAUUCAGAUGCUACAGUUGGUAACAACAACAACAACAACCACCAUAGCAACGACGUCGACAAGAUCGCCAGCAACUACAACAACGAAUAAGCCUUUCUGAUAACUACCUGCUGUUUUCUACACUAAAAAUAAACUCCGAAGAGCAAAUCAUCGAUCGCCAGGCCGCCGCCUUACAAAUUCUUCUGGUGGUACUUUUCUUUACCCAACCCGCUCUUGCUUACAUUUCGCUCUCUUCGCUCACUGGCGCUCUCCCAUACGAUAUCAUCUGGGUGUGUUUUAAGUAGUCACUUAAGGGCAACUGAAGAGUUUGUGAUAUUUUCAAGUCAGUGUACAGAAGGCAUGUUUAUGCCUCGGUCGCGUUAAUAUUCUUUGAUUCAAAUGAAAACCGUCGGCAUCCGAUCUACAAAUGCGUUGUGUUAGAAAAUACCGCAAACGAAUGAUCUGCUCUUUAGAAAGAAAGUGAAACAUAAAUGCAUGCUCAAAGUUAUACGAAGUCGUUCGUAAUUUUAUUAAAGUGCACAACAUAUUCAAAUAAAGUGAAAUAAACAUAUAAUUAAUGAGUGCGAAAGUGUGAUAUUAGUGAUAAUUGUACAACUUUAUCCUCAUACAAAUUAGUAGCAUUGGAUAUUCGUGGGUUACUUCGUGUCUGGCCCAUGUUCAAGACUAAAUAUGCGGAAUUACAAAGCCCCAAUUCGGUGUAAAGGAGGCACACGGAGAGGAAACGUACACGUUUCUCCUUUCUGGUUACUUUUUCGGAUACUUACUGGUUAUGUGGUACUCGCAGCUUGCAUAUCGUCGAGGGUGUCCGCCGAUCCAUUUGGUGGCGGUUCUGUAGGCAUACAUAUUCCCGGCAUCGGUCUGGGCUCAAUUACCGAGUCUCGAUGUCCCCGAGUGUGUUCUUGCAACGGAUUAACGGUCGACUGUUCACAUCGUGGAUUGACGCAGGUUCCACGUAAAAUAUCUGCUGACGUUGAGAGAUUAGACCUACAGGGGAACAAUAUAACUGUGAUUUUCGAGUCCGAUUUUCAAAGAUUAACAAAACUCAGAAUACUUCAACUGACAGACAACCAAAUUCAUACCAUUGAGAAAGGCUCCCUACAGGAUCUAAUUUCCCUCGAGAGAUUACGCCUUAAUAACAAUCGACUAAAGGCAAUACCUGAUAACUUUGUCACAAGUUCAGCGAGUCUUUUGCGAUUGGAUGUGUCGAAUAAUGCGAUUACAACUGUAGGUCGCAGAGUUUUCAAAGGGGCGCAAUCUUUACGUAGCCUCCAGUUGGACAAUAAUCAGAUCACAUGCUUGGAUGAACAUGCGUUCAAAGGGUUGGCCGAUCUGGAAAUUCUCACACUCAACAACAACAAUUUAACUUCAUUGCCACACAAUAUAUUCAAUGGACUGAAUCGAUUGCGAGCUCUGCGGCUAUCGGAUAACCCGUUCUCCUGUGAUUGUCAUUUGUCGUGGUUGUCGCGAUUUCUCCGCAAUGCCCCCCGACUCGCGCCAUAUACCCGCUGUCAAUCGCCCUCACAACUUAAGGGACAAAAUGUUGCCGAUUUGCAUGACCAGGAGUUCAAGUGUUCAGGUCUAACUGAACAUGCACCGCUAGAAUGUGGCUUAGAGAAUAGUUGUCCCCAUCCUUGCAGAUGCGCCGAUGGCAUUGUUGACUGUCGCGAAAAGAGCUUAACUGCGGUCCCUGCUACACUGCCAGAAGAUACCACAGAAUUGCGUCUUGAGCAAAAUUUCAUUACCGAACUUCCUCCGAAGGCGUUUGCGAAUUUCCGACGUUUAAGGCGAAUCGAUUUGUCUAACAAUAACAUUUCAAGAAUAGCCCACGAUGCACUCAGUGGUCUAAGAGCACUAACCACACUUGUCUUGUAUGGCAAUAAAAUAAAGGAUUUACCCUCGGGCGUUUUUAAAGGACUCUCAUCACUUCAGCUGCUGCUAUUAAAUGCCAAUGAGAUUUCAUGUAUACGCAAGGAUGCUUUUCGCGACUUGCAUAGCCUUAGCUUACUAUCCCUGUACGACAACAACAUCCAGACGCUAGCAAAUGGGACUUUUGAUGCCAUGAAGAGCAUUCAGACAUUGCAUCUGGCAAAGAAUCCUUUUAUUUGCGAUUGUAAUCUAAGAUGGUUGGCCGACUACUUGCACAAAAACCCAAUUGAAACAAGUGGUGCUCGGUGUGAAUCGCCCAAGCGCAUGCAUCGUCGACGUAUUGAGACAUUGCGGGAGGAAAAAUUCAAGUGUUCUUGGGAUGAGAUGCGAAUGAAACUCUCUGGAGAGUGUCGUCUGGACACAGAUUGCCCCGCACAGUGUCAGUGUGACGGCUCAAUUGUGGAUUGCUCCGGUCGAGGUCUUAAGGAAAUACCACGUGACAUACCUUUGCACACCACCGAACUGUUGCUGAAUGACAAUGAUUUGGGACGAAUAACAUCGGACGGUUUAUUUGGCCGCUUGCCCCAUUUGGUGAAAUUGGAUCUGAGACGAAACAAAAUCAAUAGCAUAGAUGCGAACGCAUUUGAAGGUGCCUCCCACAUACAGGAUCUGCAAUUAGCCGAAAAUAAAAUUAAAGAAGUCUCCAACAAAAUGUUUUUGGGUCUCCAUCAGCUAAAAUCUUUGAAUCUGUACGACAAUCAAAUUUCUUGUGUAAUGCCGGGAUCCUUUGAGUUUCUAACAUCACUUUCGUCCCUCAACCUUGCAUCCAAUCCAUUUAACUGCAAUUGUCAUUUGGCAUGGUUCUCCGAUUGGCUGCGGAAAAAAGCUCUGAAUGGAGGCGCUGCUCGCUGUGCUGCACCGCCGAAGGUUCGUGAUGUGCAAAUACAAGAAUUACCCCACCACGAGUUUAAAUGUACGUCGGACAAUAAUGAUGGCUGCUUGGGAGAUGAUUAUUGUCCACCAAUGUGCACAUGCACUGGCACUGUUGUACGCUGUUCUCGAAACAACCUAACAGAAAUUCCUCGUGGAAUACCAAGUGAAACAACUGAACUCUACCUGGAAUCCAAUGACAUUUCCAUGAUACAUAGUGAUCGCAUUCGUCACUUAAAGUCUCUUUCACGUCUCGAUUUGAGUAACAAUAAAAUUAAUAUACUGUCGGACUACACGUUUGCAAAUUUAACGAAACUUUCUACGUUAAUAAUAUCAUUCAACAAUUUGCAAUGUCUCCAAAGGCAUGCACUUGCUGGCUUAAAUAAUUUGAGGGUACUUUCUUUGCAUGGAAAUCAAAUAUCAAUGAUGCCGGAGGGUUCAUUCGAAGACUUAAAAUCAUUAACACACAUAGCCCUAGGGAGCAACCCCUUGUAUUGCGAUUGCUCAUUAAAAUGGUUCGCCGAUUGGGUGAAAUUGGACUAUAUUGAACCUGGUAUUGCGAGCUGUUCGGAACCUGAACAUAUGAAAGAUAAGCUGAUCCUUUCUACUCCAUCGCACAGUUUUGUAUGCAAGGGCAAAGUGAGUAACAGUAUACUGGCCAAGUGUGACGCUUGCUUUACAUAUCCCUGCCAGAAUAAGGCCAAAUGUGUGUCCUUGCCAGAGCGGGACUAUCAGUGUCUCUGUCAACCUGGUUACCACGGAAAACACUGUGAAUUUAUGAUCGAUGCGUGUUAUGGAAACCCCUGUCGAAAUAAUGCAACAUGUACUGUACUGGAGGAGGGUCGAUUCAGUUGCCAGUGUGCUCCCGGAUAUACUGGUGCGCGUUGCGAAACCAAUAUCGAUGAUUGCCUAGGUGAAAUUAAGUGUCAAAACAACGCCUCUUGCGUUGAUGGAAUUGAGUCGUACACAUGUGAAUGCCAACCUGGAUUUACCGGUGAAUAUUGUGAUACGAAAAUUGAGUUCUGCAGUCCGGAAUUCAAUCCAUGUGCUAAUGGGGCCAAAUGUCAAGACCACUUCACUCACUACACGUGCGAAUGCAUGCCAGGCUUCCACGGAAUAAAUUGUACAGACAACAUAGACGAUUGUCAGAAUCACAUAUGUCAAAACGGAGGAACUUGUGUGGAUGGCAUCAACGAUUAUGUCUGUAUGUGUCCCGACGACUUCACUGGAAAGUAUUGUGAAGGACACAAUAUGGUAUCCAUGAUGUAUCCACAGACGUCUCCGUGUCAAAAUCAUGAGUGCAAGCAUGGGGUUUGUUUCCAACCAAAUCCAUCCGGCUCAGAUUACUUAUGUAAGUGUCAUCCAGGCUACACCGGCAAAUGGUGCGAAUACUUGACGAGUAUAAGUUUCGUGCACAACAACUCAUUCGUUGAAAUGGAACCCUUACGCACAAAGCCUGACGCCAAUGUGACGAUUGUUUUCAGUACUUCGGAACAAAAUGGCAUCCUUAUGUACGACGGCCAAGAUGCACAUUGGGCUGUGGAACUUUUUAACGGCAGAAUUCGGGUUAGUUACGACGUAGGUAAUUAUCCAGUAUCGACAAUGUACAGUUUUGAAAUGGUAGCUGACAGUAAGUACCAUUCAGUCGAGCUGUUGUCUAUCAAAAAGAACUUUACGUUAAGGGUGGAUCGUGGUUUAGCAAGAUCGAUUAUAAAUGAAGGCCAAAAUGAGUAUUUAAAACUCACAACACCCCUGUAUUUGGGAGGAUUACCCCCAGAUCCUGCCCAACAAGCCUAUAAAAAUUGGCAGCUACGCAAUCUCACAAGUUUCAAAGGUUGCAUGCGUGAAGUCUGGAUUAAUCACAAGCUUGUAGAUUUUGAAAAUGCGGCACGCCAACAAAAAAUUACACCUGGUUGUGCCUUGUUGGAAGGAGAGAAUGUCGAAGAUGAUGAGCAAGACUUCAUGGACGAAACUCCGCACAUAAGCAAAGAAGUUGAUCCGUGUGAAAAUAACAAGUGCCGAAGAGGGAGUCGCUGCGUACCGAAUUCCAGCUCACGAGACGGCUACCAAUGCAAGUGCAAACACGGCCAAAAAGGGCGUUAUUGUGAUCAAGGUGAGGGCACCACCACAGAGCCCCCAACAAAUACUGUCACGUCGACAUGUCGCAAGGAACAAGUGAGGGAGUAUUACACAGAAAAUGAUUGCAGGUCUAGACAGCCCCUGAAAUACGCCAAAUGCGUUGGAGGCUGCGGCAAUCAAUGUUGUGCUGCGAAAAUCGUACGAAGACGCAAGGUGCGCAUGGUGUGCAGCAACAAUAGGAAGUAUAUUAAAAAUCUCGACAUCGUAAGAAAGUGCGGGUGCACGAAGAAGUGCUACUGACUGAAAGAUGCGACUACCCAUAUAAACAACAGCAGCUUAGAUAAAAAUUUCACCAUUUUAAAUAGUAAUAAUAAUAGUAGUAAUUAUAAUAGUAGUAGUAAUAGUUUUAGAGAUAGAAAUUAUACUUUAGGGGAUAGCUUUAAGGUCACAGAAACCAUAUUUAAUGAAUAUGUUAAACGAAGAAUUGGGGAAACAUUUAAAGAACAGGAGGAUGACAGCAAUAGUUCUAGUAUAAGCGGCGAGGAUCGUGAAGCAGAGUUGGAUGAAGACGACGACUAUAUGAGCGAAUAUGAGACUGAAGACGUGACUAACGAUUAUACGGGAGAAAUGCAAUUAAAUCCGAGUACUGACUUCUAUGAUGACGAUGAGGAAGACGACGAUGGACUUUAUGACAAGGACGACGACAGAGAUUUGAGCGAGGAUGACAAAGAUGGGGGACCCGAAUUGUUGCCCGAGGCUAAGGGUCUGAUUCAGUCAUCCACAAACUUGGAUGAGGAGGAAGAAGACAUGGGAUAUGAUGAGGACGACGAACGUAUUGCCAUUGCCGUAGAACGGCCUAAGGAAGCGCGUUCCCGUUCAAAUAUAGACCACGAACAAGGAUUUGUGAAUGAAGAAGGCAGUGGUAACUUCGGCAGAUUAUCCAAAAACACACACAAAGACAAACAAACGGACAUGUUUAGAUUUGACUACAUAAACAAGUACCGGCGAAAACAACAAAAGUUGAUUGGUGACCAUACAAGUGGUGACGAAGGGGAGGAUGACUUGCGAGAAAGCAGCGGCAAUUUUGCUAACGAUGAUGAAGAUAAUGAUGACGACAGCGAUGACGACGAAGACAGCGAUGGGUUCUUUAAUUCGAAACGAAAGUCAAAUAGCCGUUACUUCCGCAAAAAUACAAACGAUGCCAUUAAAAUAAUUUCCACGCCGUUGGGAAAAGUUGGCAUCGUAUACCAGCAGACACCAACAAAUGGCGAAGACAAGGAAGUAGAAAAUAACGAAAAGAAGUCCACAUCUUUUACAGAUUUUGACGCCCUGUCGCCCGAUCCGGAGAGCAGUCAUCGUUUGGCGUCCUCUCAUCCGAAAAUUACACCUGUCUUAACACCCGAUGGCAAGGUUGCCCUGCUUUAUCGCGGAGACUCCGAAAAUUCCAAAUAUGAACCGAUACGAAACCUUACAACCCACAAAUUUAACAAGAACUCCGAGCAUAAUUCCGAAAAGAAAACAAACAGCGGGGUUGAUAGUAGCAGUGACGAAUAUGAUGACUCAGAACAGUCUUCAGAUGUAGAUGAUGAUGAAGAACUUAGAUUUGGCUCAGCGAAUGACCAUUCAAACAAAAAUUCGCAAACAUCUAAAACCAGUGCAAAAGAGGAACAAGCUGCAAUUCUACCAGCACCAGAAACGGCUCCUACAACGGGGUCGUUCAUAAUACGACCAACAGACUCCGUUCUGCCCAUGAUCAACCGACCGUUGUCCGAGGUACUUGGCAUUAAAAAGAACCAGUUCAAACAGUUCCGUGUUAAGGAUAUUUCCUCCUCCUCGUCCACAGAACAAACACUCCAGCCCAUUCACAGCCUUAAUGUCGAAAACUCUGAUUCCACUACUCUACAUUUUCUGACCAAAGUAAAUCUAGCCGAUUAUCCAACGUCAUCGCGAUCGAGAAACUUCGAUUUCGAUUUCAGUCGAGACAAUACGAUGUUAGACGAACGAACCCGUCACCGCGAACAAGAAGCCAAAUCGCAACUCAAUACAAAUCUAAUGAGUACUAAUGCAAUGGAAAACAACAACCAAGGUUCCCAAAUAGCCAACGAAGACAUUUUAUCGAAGACUGAGGUGGUCAAUCUUGCAAUCAUACCACACUUUGACGAAGAGCUAGAACGCCUGCAGAGACUGCGUGAAUACGAAGAACGUCGUCAUCAUCGACAACGACAUCGGCAAAAGCAAAACGAUGAAGAUCUAUCCGGCAUACAUUGCAUCAUGCAGGCCAUGAUGGGUAUUGCUGCCAUUUCCACAGUUUUCGGCAUGCUGGGAACGUUCUUCAAGCAACGCAUCCUUGACCAGUUGCGUCUUAUGCACUGGUAGUACAACAAGGGUAUUCGAUUGUUUAUCCCCCUGCAAUUGAAUACCCCGUCGAACUUGUUCUUCUUGCCACUGUCGUUGUUAUCCUUAUUCUAACUCCUUCCUAAUGCCUACCUUUAGAGGACUUGACUUCAAAGCGCAUACAAACAAAUACAUAUUUCUUUAUAAUCCGCAAUAAAUAACAAAUGAAUACAUAUUAACAUGUAUGAUCCCAUAUGUGAAUGUCUGUAUCCACUUGUUUAUAUCCUAAUGAAUUCAAACAUAUAAAACACUAACAUAAAAAACACUAACUACAUACUUCAUAAUUAACAUCGAAACUUUUAUUAUUUAUACAAAUAUAACCUCAUAAUAAUCAGUUGCAACUGACAUAUAAAGAUCUAAUCCCUUCAUGCACAUACAUUCUAUACUAACUAUAUAUAAAGAACAUAUUUUACUUACUACAUACAUGCAUACAUACUUAUCUUUGUACGACGCUCAUAUGAGACAAAUUAAUAAUAAUGUGUCAGCUACCCAGGCAGAACAGAACAAAAGCACUUAUGCACAUACGAAAAUACACUGGAGCUCACCUCAGCACAUACAUAGCAAAGCCAUCAAUGACAACGAAAUCUAAUUCAAUUCAUCUUUAAUAUUCAUUCCGAGAGUCAAUUCCAAGCAUACUUUUCACUUGUUCUCUUUGAAACCUUGCUAACUACGAUGCAGUGACAACUGCGUACAUACCUGACCAAACAAACGUUCGGACGGAAAGCCAUACCAGAACAUGUAAACGUAUCCUCAAAUCAACAGCCUGUAAUACAUGUAAAUCAAAGAAGUCAAAGAAUCACUAAAUUUGAAUUUAAAAAUCCCGGAAGACAUAAAGUUUCGCCGUUUUAAAAGCCGCUAGCGGCAUCAGAUAUGUACCUAGGACCCAACAACUAACAACCACUUGUAAUGCGGAACAAACUUAAAACGCAUGAUGUCAAACGCACCUCCAAUUACUCUUUCAACGACACCGACCGACAGACGAACGACUGCCAGAUCCCCUCGAUCCCCUCAGAGAAUUCGGUAGCAGGGGCUGUCGUAGCCCCUAUACCGAAAAAAGUGAAAAUAUUUAUUUGUAUUUUUAAUGUAUACAAACUAUGAUGUAUUUAUAAUGUAAGAGUUUUACUAUUAUUAACGAAUUUUUCAACAAAUCGUUGCAAAAGAACCUAGAUUAAUCAAAGAAACUUCAAAAACAAAGCUCAAUGGUGAACUUAAGAAAGAAUUUUAAAUUGAAUGGAACAUUUAAACGAACUGACAUCUAAGCUGGGUAGUCGCAUGUAAAAAUAUUAAAUUAAAGGAAAAAACAAAAUUCCAUAAAAAGAUAUUUAUUUCAAAUAAUAACAUUAAGUAACUAUAAUAAAUAUAUACAUAUAUAAAUAUAGAUAUACACAACACACACCACACUACGUAGUUCAAUAAGUUAGACUAAAUAAACGACAAGUAAAUAAAAUUAAAACAUGGGAAAACAAACAAAUACUAGCCCUUGAAAUAUGUACAUUAGACGAGCAAACUACCAACACACAUACGUAUGUAUGUUCACCAAACACAAUAAAUGCUAUGAUACAAUCCAGCCAACCAAACUGUACAAGUUUUUCCGACUUUAGACCGUGAGUUCAAAGCAAAUUACGAGCUCGGCUUCUGGUGUCUGUCCGAAGUUUAUAUUUGGAGGUUGACGUCCAAACUCUCGAAUCUAAUUGGGAAGUAAUAUCGUAUGGACUUGUGAUUUGUUCGUUGAAUUCUGAAGUGAUCUUGCACAACAUAAGGAUAUUUUUCAUGAUUCACACAUAUGUUGUGUUCCUGUUUUUUAUGGUAGAAGAAUAUAGUUUAAAAAAAAAUGUUAAAGUGUUUUGUCAAAAAUAAGUAGAUUUUUAUAUGUUUUCUUAUACGACGCAAAUGGGAGGUUGUAAUGAUAUGUAUUUUUCAACAAUUUUUACAAAUUUCAAUAAUUUUUCAUUCAAGAAAGAGAGAGAACUGAUUUGUCCAGAAAGUACGGGAACGAAAAUCAGUAAAACUGUCUAAUGUCUAGAUAUCAAUCCUUCAAAUUUAACUUUAUUCUAUAAGUUUUACUAGGUUUUCGUGUACGGGAACGGAUUCCAAGUAAAAAAUUGUACUAUAAUAUAUGCAGUGUCUAAAACACAACCAUACUUUUAAAUGUCUUCUAAAAGAACAACAAAUCCAGAGUGCAAGAACACCUUCAAAAAAAAGAAGCUUUAAAUCACAAGUAAACAUAUAAAAUUGUCUUAAAAGAGAGCAAAAUGUCAGAAAAACAAAAUUAUUCUACCGUACAGAUUUCAGAUAGCAAUCUGCCGGACUCGUUCGGACUAUGUGCAGACCUAUCAGACGACCGACAUUUGGUUUGAUGGAGUUGAAGGUCUAUUUAUACGCAUACGUUUGCAAAAACAUAUUUGAAAUUAUUGUUUGUUUUUCCAGCCUCUCCUUUUCAUAAUGUAUUCUGCAAUUAACACCGUAUUCAAAUGGUUAAACGAGAAAAAAAAUGUACCACUAAAUGCAGACAUAUACAUUUACUCACCACAAACAUAAUAAACUUUCAAAUAUACAUAUUGUUUUCCAAUUAUUUUUCAAUCCUAAUCUAUUGUAUGUAUUUAAAACUAACUAAAUAUUAAUAUUUCAACGUAUAUCUAUCGAAUAACAAACGAAAUAAUUUAUCGAAUGUGUCGAAACAAAAAAACAUCGUCAAAACGCAAAUAAAUACAUUCACAUGUAAAUCAAA